AGAUAUUCGCCUACAUGCGAGGCUAUAUUACAAAUUACACUAUAACAAUACAGAAUUCGUAUAUUACGUAAGGGCACCUUGACUUAAACAUACUAAGCAGAUAUUACAGUAGUAUUUUAUUUUGAUAACAAAAUACAGGUAAAAUAACCUCGCGUUUACGCACGGAUGCUUGUCUUUGUGGAUAUACUUGUGAAUGUAGGACUAUUGAAUAUUCAAAAAUCGAUUCACGAGUGAGUUUACAGCCAAGGAUGCGAGAGAAUCUUCACGUUACAGGACGCAUAUAUCAUGUACAUGUUUACAAGCAGGAAGAACAACAAACAAAAACAUUUAACUGUCUGGAAAUGAUCUCUACGAGCUCAGGUGGAACGGUGGAAAUGUUAGCAGGACUAAAAAAUACACUAUGUUUGUGCUACUUUGAGUAAUAAUAAGCAAAACACAACAACAAAAACAACAAAAAAUAAGAACGGCGGAAUGUGUUAUAUUUGUAAAUAUUCAUUUUUCUAAGACUGAUAGAAAUGCAUCAUAGAUGUAAAAAUGCAUUAAAGGGAUAAAUGUUAACCCUUCAUUUAACGCGGUAUAUCUACAUUGUAUGCAUGCUGUCACACAUGACUUGCGAAAUUAUAUGGUAAAAACAUAACGGAUCAGAGGAAAAGUUUCACGGAUUUUAAGAUGAAACCAACCUUCUCCAAACAAAAGGCAAAGAAAAAUUUGAAAUUAAUUCUGAGGAAAGUAACUUUAAUUGUUUUCAAGUAAAAAUCUAAACUUAGCAAACACUAGGCAAACACAUAAAAAAUCAUAACUUCAGUCAAAACAUUCUUGAUUUUUGAUAACCUUAUCAAUCUAAAAUAGAAACAAAAAGGCAAGAACAGAAGAAAGUGACAAAUAAAAGGAAUCGAAAACUUACAUUGUAAAUGACGAUAAAGUACAUAAAAUGGAAUCUCAAGUAAAACAAGAGGACACAAAACAAUGUACUAAUGAUGAAUCGGACAAAAAGACUGAAAUCAAGGACAAUGAGAUACCUAAAAAUGUUCCUGAGAAAUCGGAAUUAGUUGGUAGCAACGUAUGCAAGAAGGAUGACAAUGAAUCCAAAAAUGCUGCAGCUAACGAUACAGCUUAUACAGGAAAUGUUGCAGUUAAUCCAAAUACUGAUCCACAAAAGUCUAGCAAGGAAGAUAUCGGAAAACAUACGCAUCAUGGCUGUAAAGACCAAGAAGCAUGUGGCGAACUAAAGCAAAAUCUAGAAAAAGAGCUGCCUGACUGGUUUAAAAUGAUGAUUUCGUUAACACAUGGUAUACAAGAAGGGAAAAAACUACAACAAGAAGAAGACAUUGCCGAGACGUUUGAUAUACAUGGAUCUACUCAGGCAGUUACAGUACAGACAAAUCAACGACUGUACCAACUUAUCUUGAAGAGAUUGCACCGACUUAUUCGGAAGAAGAGGGGCGUAUUUUCAUGUACGCCGAAUUUCUCUCGUAUUGUUGAAUCUAGGAAAAGUGCUAAGGAGAAAAAGAUUAACAAACUUAUUGAUAAGGUCUUAGAGCCGCUUGUAGAAAUGGAUAAUGUUGAGGUAACUUGUGAGGAUGUUAACGCAGUUUGUCAUAAAGGCGGUGUUCCGGUACUUCAUAUAAAAUGCACGUCGUGUGAAUCGCUAUACCAUGUGGUCGCUACUUUGAACAGUCCACUCUUCAAGGAAAAUGUUGCCCGCGUGAAAGAAUGUUUGGAACAAGAGGUUAAAGAGAAUUUGGAUAUUGAUGCCACGAUCACACCAGACUGUAUUCACGAAAUAGAAAACCAUUUGCGUGAUCAAGGAAUAAUUACAGAAGAAGAUAAUUUCGAAAGAUGCGAAAUUCAUCCGGAUAAACAAGCACAAGUGUACUGUUUUGAGCACAAUGAAAUUUGUUGUGCCGAUUGUGUCGCUACAAAGCACAGUUCGUGUGAGGAGAUACAGCUUGCCACGCUGGAAACAGAUAAGCAUUCAGUUAUAUUGGGCAAGGUGGAUGAAUAUAACAUGAGACUUCAAACUGAAAAUAGUCCGGAAGACAACUGUGACAUUACCUCCAGCUGUACAUUGUCCAGUGGUGAAAUAAUUCUUGCUGAUAUGAACAACAAACGCCUGAAAAAACUUGACAAAGACUUCAACAAAAUUGACCAUUGCGACCUUCCAGGAUGCCCAAGGGACGUUUGCUACUCAAAAAACAAAAAUUUGCUAGCUGUUACGCUCUUUGAUCCGGCGAUUCAAUUUGUGGAUGUUAGUGGCGCAAUGAUAUUGAAAGAAAGAAUUCCACUUGAUCACGAUUGUUUCGGCGUUGCAUUUUACGAAGAUAUUUUAUAUGCUACCGAUCCGAUGAAUGUGUAUAUGUACACACUGGAUUGUGUUGAGAAAGGUAUUCUUUAUAGACAACUUGAAGGAAAUCAUAGUUUUUGUAAAAUUGCAGUAAGUGAGGAUGGGGAGAAGCUAUAUAUAGCAGCACGUGACGGCGGCCUCGUUACGAUAGACAAGGGAGGUAAUCGUUUAUCUUGUUUGAGUAAAGGAGACUUGAGUUAUGUGGCAGACGUGUGUGUUCUCGGCGACGGAAGUUUACUCGUGUGUAAUUACAGGAAGCAUACAGUUACACGUGUUAACCGGAAAGGGAAAUAUCAAUUGGGGCGAGUGGCUGACAGGACAAAUAAUAUGUAUAUGCCUCAAAGUUUAUGUUUUGAAAGAAAUGAGUCGACACUUGUUGUCGGCCAUCUUCAUGAUGAUUAUAUUUCUGUUAUGCAUAUUAAUUGAGUUUUUAAAACAUGUAAAUGUUUGAAUCAUAUUAUCAUAAUCUUACUUGAAACAAAAUAUAUGUAUAUACAUGUGUAACAUACGUUUUGCGCACGUCCUCUCCUAUAUUUUUUUUUCGGAAAUAUAAUUCGUGAACAGAAAAAAUCACGUGAAGCUUACCUGUGUCCUAUCUCCGUAACCAGGGAUAGUCCUAUUAAAAAAGGUACACGCUCUAUUUUUUCAAAUCAAACGUUAUUUAGAACAUGUUAAAUUUCCUACAAAAUGUUAUGUCACGGUUAAAAACUGUUCACUAUUUAGGGUUAGUAAAGGCGCGGAACGGUAUUCUUAGGGGUCUGGCCUCGAGUUCUGGUCAGACUGUACAUUUUCUCACCCUGUGAUAUCUAGUGCACAGCGUAGGGCCAUGACUGCAUAUACCUCGGAGUUUAAUUCACAUUAAUUGCUCUCUUACCCUGAGACAUUUAGGGCGAAUUUCAAUAUAGCGGAGAAGUUUGUCACGGUUUUGAACUGUUCACUAUUUAAGAACGUUGUGUAAAUGUCCGGAUAGCACGAUCAGCCCGCGUAGCUCAGUCGGUUAGUGCACGAGACUAGUGAUAUCGACAUUGUGGGUUCGAUUCCUGGGCUGGCCAACUAAAAUUACUUAUCAGUCUUUCGGAUGUGACUUUAAAUCGAGGUCCCGUGUAUGAGUGUUUUAACAUUUGGCACGCUAAAGAACCAGGAGAAGCUCCUGGAAUUGGGGCAUCUUCCUGUAUCUGUAUCUUGCACUAUCCUCCAAAAUCUAAAAUGACUAAUACUCUUCUGGAGGACUCGCCCAUAUGGGCAACCGGAUAGCACAGUCGGUGGAAACUCAAAACAGCAUUGCGACGGUCCUAGGUUUGUGUCCCGGUCAAGCUUCACAUUUUCAGACUCUAUUACAUGUGUAUAUUGUUAUAUCCAAUUAUUUAUAGUGUUGUUCAACAACGUUGAACGUUUUAAGGCUAAAUUAAUAAAGUCCAUUUAAGGUAAUUUUAGGUAAUUUUCAUUAAGAUUUUCAUAUCUAUACGCAAAGUAUUUCUUUCAUAGUUAUACCUGUAGUGUUUUUGUCGUUGAUAUGAAAUAUUGGUUACCUUCCUUUAUUUAUAUUUACCAACAUUCCAUGAUAGUAGCUGUAAUUAUUAUAACCUCCCUUUAUUUAUAUAGUGUUGUUGUGUUUGAAUUUUUUAGUAAACCAAUUAAUGAUAAUUAUAUGUUACUCGAGCGAUUGUUAGCUCAAUAUAUCAGUUCUUGUGUACUAGUUGAUAGCAUAUUGUUAUCAAACAAUUGUUACCUAUAUAAAUAUACUCGUUUUUGUUC